CAUACAGAAGGUCCCCUAAGUUUCUGAUGUGCAAAUUGUUUUUACCAAUUCCCAAAAUCCCUGAAACAUAGCAAUGAUCCCCAAACGCAUCCUUAACCCUCCGCUUUCCCAAACUUCAUCUUCCACCACCGUUAAUGGCUUUCACGUUUCAGCUUCUGCUUCAAUCUCCCACACUCCUCACUCUCUAUCCGACGCCGUUUCCCUCUUCCAUCGCACCAUCAACGACCCCAAUUCGCCACCCUCUGAACUAGCAUGCAACUCUCUUAUCGGCAACCUACGCAAGGCACGACAAUACAACGUCGUCCUGUCGGUUUACCGCAAGAUGGCUUCUGCGCGCGUUUCGCCCUGGUUGACUUCUCUCACCGCGUUAACCGAAAGCUUCGUCAACUCCCAUCACCCAAGUUUCGCAGUUGGAGUCCUUGGCCUAAUGAUAAAACGCGGUUUUCGGGUUGGCGUCUAUGACAUGAACCUAGUGUUGAAGGGUUUUUCCCAGAGUGGUCAAUGCGAUAAGGCAAUGGGUUUGUUUUCUCAAAUGAAGAAAAAUAGUGAUCAUGGGGUUCCUGAUAUUGUUACUUACAAUACCCUUGUAACUGGAUUGUGUAAAGCUAAAAGAUUGGUGGAAGCUAGGGCUUUGUUUGAGGCAAUGAAGGUUGGGGAGAACAGACCCAAUUUGGUGACAUAUAGUGUUUUGAUUGAUUGUCUUUGUAAGAAUGGUGAAGUUUGUGAGGGGUUGGUUUUGUUGGAGAAGAUGGAGAGGGAGGGUUUGAAAGCUGAUGUGUUUCUGUAUAGUUCUCUAAUCAGUGUCUUUUGUGGCAAGGGUGAUGUUGAGAAGGGGAUGGAACUGUUUGAUGAUAUGUUGAGGAAGAAUGUUAGUCCCAAUGUGGUUACUUAUAGUUGUUUGAUGCAUGGUCUUUGCAAGAUUGGUCGGUGGCGGGAGGCGUCUGACAUGUUGAAGGUCAUGACGGCAAGAGGAAUUCGGCCGGAUGAUGUUACUUACUCGGUUUUGGCAGAUGGGCUUUGCAAGAAUGGGAGGGUGGAGGAUGCAAUGAAGUUGUUGGAUUUGAUGGAGCAGAAGGGGGAGGAGCCAAGUACUGUUACAUACAAUGUUCUUGUGGAUGGAUUUUGUAAGGAGGAUCGGGUGGAGGAUGCAUUUAGGAUUGUGGAAAUGAUGGCGAAGAAGGGGAAGAAGCCUGAUGUGGUAACUUAUAAUACGUUGAUGAAAGGGCUGUGUAGAACUGACAAAGUUGAUGAGGCGAUAGAUCUUUGGAAGCUGUUGGUGAGCGACAAGUUCCAUAUGAAGCCGAAUGUCUUCACUUUCAAUUAUUUGAUUCAGGGACUUUGCAAGAAAGGACGUCUUCGGGAUGCUGUGAGGAUCCAUUCUACUAUGGUUGAAACGGGGUUCAUAGGUAACAUAGUAACUUAUAAUGUUUUGAUUGAGGGUUAUCUAAGUGUUCGGAAACUUAUUAAGGCGUUGGGACUCUGGAAAUGUGCAGUAGACUCUGGAUUUUCUCCCAAUUCAAUGACUUACAGAGUUUUUAUUAUUGGUCUGUGCAAAAUGCAGAUGCUGAGUAUUGCAAAAGGACUUUUUAUUAAAAUGAAAGAUUCUGGGAUUAAACCUACAGUAGUUGAAUACAAUGCACUAAUGGCAUCUUUGUGCAGGGAAGAUAGUCUAGAGCAGGCUAGGAGUUUAUUUCAAGAAAUGAGAAAUGUGAAUCAUGAUGUUGAUGUUGUCUCCUUUAAUAUAGUAAUCGAUGGAACCCUUAAAGCGGGAGAUACUAAACAUGCCAAGGAAUUGCUAUCGGAGAUGCCUAAUAUGAAUUUGAUCCCUGAUGCCUUAACCUUUUCUAUAUUAAUAAAUAGGUUCUCAAAACUUGGGCUGUUGGAUGAAGCCAUGUCCCUCUAUGAGAAAAUGAUCUCGUCUGGUCAUGUACCUGAUGUUGUUGUAUUUGAUUCUUUGCUAAAGGGCUGUGGUUUAAAGGGAGAGACAGAAAAAAUCAUUUCUUUGCUUCAUCAAAUGGCUGAUAAGGAUGUUGUUCUGGACUCGAAAUUAACAUCUACCAUCUUAGCAUGCCUUUAUCACAUGUCAAAAGAUCUUGAUGUAGAGAAGGUUCUUCCAAAAUUUUCACAACAUAGUGAACAUACAUCAAAAGGAACAACCAUUAAAUGCCACAAGUUCUUGAUGAAGCUGAAUGAUGUUCAUCCAGAACUAAAAUUAUUUGUUGCACGAUAGUGUGUGGUUUCAGGUGCAUGAUACCAUGGUACUCUAAUGGAUUGGCAACCUGACAGUUAAUGAGUUUCGAAGUCAUGUGCAUUUCAACCAGUUGUCAUUUUAUGAUAAAGAGAUGCAAGUGUAAAGUUCUGCAUCAUGGCAUACAAUUUCCCAUUUGAUACGGAUAUGUAACAGUCAUGAAUGAGAUUUGUAUAGUGUCUUCUUACAGAGAGAAGAGAAGCUGAGGUGAUGGUGAUGAAGGAGAAUGACGAGGAGCUUUCUUUGUUCCUCAUAUGAGGAGGAGAGAGAAAGAGAAUGAGAAAAACAACCUUCUCGUUGAAAACUCUGAAGAACUUCAUUUGUCCAAUCUGGGCUUCUUGCGCCACCAGAUUCACCUCUUUUUCCUACUUUAGAGAAAGAGUCGCAAAUAUCAGUGAAGAGUGAACAGGAGACUCAUAAUACUCGUCCAACAGCUUUGAAACCUAGGGUUUAAUUGAUGAAAUGCUUUCCAGUUUCUUCUUAUGUUGCAUCCUGUAUCUCAGGUGGCUAAUAUCCAAGCAGAACCUGCUUCAAGAGGCAAUAUAGUUUUGGACCAGAGAGAAGUGAGUUCAUUUUAGUUUUAGAUUUUCUUCAUUUUUCUCUGAAGUUGGGAAAGCGGACAGUAUCUCUUCAUGCGUUCCAGCUUCUACCUUCUCUUUUGUUCAAGUUGAAAAUCAACGAAAAAACAGAUUUGUUUCUUCCUCUUAUUCUCUUCUAUUUUAUGUUUUAUUUGGAAUAGUCUGAGUGAUGAAAAGUAGACAUUAGGUUUGAUUUGCUGUUCAUUCUUGUAUCUACUUUGACUUCAAUUUCUGAUUGCAAUUGAUCUAAAGGAUCUUCAGAAUCCAAGAGUUCAGAUUUGAACUACUUAGCAGUCAAGCUUGAAGAUAUCAUGAUCAAACUUGAAUUUACGAAUUAUUUUAUUAAGAUUUUCCAGCUUUUGUUCUAUAAUCUGAAUUUUACUUUGCAAUUCUGAUUCUGGUUACUAUUUCAUGUUUUAUUCUCAUGCGAUAACAAACUUCCAAAUCAUAAACCGAAUUCUAUUUCAGU